AUGUCCACACAGUCCGGUAUAACCGUAUCAGAACAGCUCUCAAACGAAGUUAAAAAUGAUACUUCAACAAUAAUAAUCAAGGUCUCGCCCGACUCAACUCAAUUGAUACCCGAUACGUCCUUUACCCAACCCAGUUCAACUUCCCUUUCAUCAGUCUUUGAACAAUUACACUCAUACAUAUCUAAGCAAUACCCACAACCUGUUUAUAUUAUUAUACCUUAUAAAUCAUCCAAGGUUUUUGUAUCUUUUAUUCCCGAUUCGGCUCCUAUAAAGCAAAAAAUGUUGUAUGCUUCAACAAAGAACACCUUGUUGUCAAACUUGGGUUCAUCAAGUUUUGCAUAUAAGUUUGCUUGGACUGAAUUGGAUGAGUUGAGUGCUGAGUAUUUGGAAAAGGUUAUUAAUGAAGAUGGAGAAAGCGGUCCAUUGACUGAAGAUGAAAAGAUCUUGCAGAAUUUGAAUAAUAAGAGCCACAUGCAAGGCCAUGAAUAUGGAUUUAAAAGGGAAUUAGCAAGCAUGUCAUCUCCGUCGUCAUCUGCAACUUCAGACAUAUUGUAUAAAUUUGAUGGUGAGUUGGAAAAUGAAUUUCAAAGCUUAGCUCUGGACGCAAAUGAUCAACGUUUGUUGGUGUUCAAUAUCGAUUUGGGGAGUGAAUUGAUCAAGUUGACAACCAAGGACACUAACGUUGGAUUGAACAGCUUGGUAAAGAAACUACAAGACAAUUCGCCUUCAGGUCCGACUUAUUCCAUCUAUAACUACUCUCCUAAUAAGUACACAUUCAUCUACAGUUGUCCAUCCGGUUCAUCAGUGAAAGACAGAAUGAUUUAUGCCGCCUCGAAAAACAGUUUAAUCAACCACUUAAAGACGUACCUCAAUGAAGGCGUUAUUUUAGACAAAAAUUUAGAAGUUGGAGAUUUGGAUGAAUUGGAGUUGAGUGAGUUAGAGGUAGUCGAUGAUGAUACGCCUGGAUCAGGAACCGCUACUCCUACAUCUACCUCAUCAUCUGCUUCAGCUAACAAGCCGUCGAAUGGAUUAAAGUUUAGUAAGCCAAAGGGUCCGCGUAGAAGAUAG